UCUGUAGCACAUUUGCCCCAAAUCCUCUUCCAUAGCACCCAAUUUCCCCCCAAAUCCACCUCUAUAACACCUGAUUUUCCCCAAAUUCUCUGCUGCAAUCCUUUCCUUACCCCAAAUCCACCCAAUAACCCCUCACUUCCCCCAAGUCCACCUCUGAAAUGCCCCAUUUCCCCUCAGUCUACCCUUUAACUCCUCGUUUCCCCCAACUCCUUCUCUAUAACCCUUCAUUUCCUCCCCAAAUCCACCUCUAAAAUACCCAGUUUCUCCCAAAUACACCUUUCUGAUGCUUCACUUUCCCCACAUCCACAGCACCAAGAUGAUUUUCACCAAAUCCACCACUAUCACACCAAAUCUCCCCCCAAUCCAGCACUGGAACACCCAACUUCCCUCAAAUCCACUGCUUUACCCUCCUCCCUUCCCCCAUAUCCCACCUUCCAAUGCCUGAGGGCUUUAUUGGGGGUGAAUUUUUGAGCUCUUUUCCCAAUGUUCCCCCCUUCCCUCCUCCAGGGUGAGCACUGCAACUUCAGCCACGACAUUGAGCUGCCCAAAAAGAGAGAACUCUGCAAGUUCUACAUCACUGGGUACUGUGCAAGGGCAGAGAACUGCCCCUACAUGCAUGGUGACUUCCCCUGCAAGCUCUUCCACACCACGGGCAACUGCAUCAACGGCGAUGACUGCAUGUUCUCCCACGCGCCGCUGACCGAGGAGACACGAGAGCUGCUGGACAAGAUGCUCCAAGACGAUGCGGAAGCGGGCGCCGAGGAUGAGAAAGAAGUGGAGGAGCUGAAGAAACAAGGCAUCAACCCGCUGCCCAAACCUCCCCCCGGCGUGGGGCUGCUCCCCCCACCCCCCAGACCCCCCGCUCCCCCUUCCCCCAAUGGAAGAGCCAUGCCUGGAGGUCCCCCCGUGCCCCCCAUGCCCCCUCCGGGGCCGCAGAUGCCCCCCCCGAUGCACGAGCCUCUGUCCCCCCAGCAGCAGGAGAUGUACAAGAAGAUCCCGUCUCUCUUUGAGAUCGUGGUGCGGCCCACGGGGCAGCUGGCUGAGAAACUGGGGGUCAGGCACCCAGGGCCCCCCCCACCCCGCUUCCCUGGUCCUGGGGGACCCCCAGGCCCCAUGGGCGGCCCCAUGCACCCCGAUAUGCACCCUGACAUGCACCCUGACAUGCAUCCCGACAUGCAUCCCGACAUACACCCCGAUAUGCAUCCCGACAUGCAUCCUGACAUGCACCCUGACAUGCAUCCUGAUAUGCACCCCGACAUGCAUCCUGACAUGCAUCCCGACAUGCCCAUGGGGCCGGGCCCCCCCAUGAUGCCCUACAGCCCUGAGGGGUCCCCCCACGGUGCCCUCCUGCCCCCCGGCGCCGGCCCCCCCCAGGGAUACUAUGAUGGAUUCUAUGGACCCCCCCCGGAGGGGAUGGAGAUGGAGCACGGAGCCAUGGGGGGGCCAGGUAUGUGUGCCCCAAUCUGGGGCUUUUUGGUCCCGAAUCCGCCUCUCUAACACCUCGUUUUCCCCCACAU